AUGAAUUACGACAUCAAACAAAUAAAUGACCCAAUUCAUGGAUAUAUGGAAUUUGAUGAUUGGGCUAUAGAAGUCAUCGACACACCAGAAUUUCAAAGACUAAGAAACAUUAAACAAUUAGGAAGCACAUAUUAUGUUUUUCCUGGAGCAAGCCAUAAUAGAUUUGAGCAUUGUUUAGGGGUUGCCCAUUUAUCAAAUAAGCUAUUGAAAAAAUUCUAUCAAAUUCAACCUGAAUUAAGAGCUGAGAACGAGUUGGACCUAGAGUGUGUGACGUUGGCAGGUUUAUGCCAUGAUUUAGGUCAUGGACCUUUUAGUCAUGUUUUUGAUAAUCGUGUUAUUCCUAAACUUAAACUUGGGUAA